AUGGAUUUAUCUUCUCGACCUCCAUCGGCACACCGCAGACUCGCGACACCUCCACCACCGUCAAAAGCACUCCUAGAGCUGCAGAGACAAGGUUUAGAACUAGCAGCCUCCCGAUCUGAGAGCAGUUUGUACCUAGACGUGCGUCAGAAUCGAUCAGCAAAAUCUACGCCUUCCGACCGAGACAAACCUCUACCUCUUGAGCCUUUCGAGAAACGGCGAUCAUCCAGUGUUUACAGCAAUGAUACAACAAUUAGCAAUAUCAUUCGCAUGUAUAAUGGACAGCAGGAGUUGAUCGACACUCCAACCCUGCCACGAUUGCAUCAACCACAAGCAUAUCGAGAUACUAUAGCUCCGCUGCUCAUCAAACGGCUCAGUAUCAGUAAACCACCAUCACCCAACCCGCUAGAAACUCCCGGAGGGGGCGACAGCUCAUCUACUGCUUCAGUAAAGCCAAUACCUCUGUCACCAAACGAUGGCCCGAAGAGCAACAAGACGGCGCCCACGUUUCUCGAGUUUUCGCGAUCGCUUCGAGAGCGACGAAAAGAGUUGGACUCUGCCUUGUCUGCAUCACCACCGGAUCAUCACCAUCAAGUGGCGUAUAACACCUUGGCGCUUCCUUCACCUUAUGUGUCCUCGGUCGAGUUGUCCCUGUCUGUCUCCCAUACACCACCGCUCCCCGACGCCAUGUCCGGCAGCAUAUCGGAUGUCAAUGAUUCUGAUUUGCUUCCCCCUCCAGUGGAGUUUGGAGAUUCGAGACUUCCUAGUCCUGUGUCCGACGACUGGGACAAUCAGCCCUACACACGAAGUGUAAGCCCUGGAGAUACUGGCAUAGAGAGGUCACAACACGAGAGUCCUGAAAGCAGGUUGUCGAAGUCUUGGCUGGACGCAGAGUUUGUGCAGAGUCCUGUAUCUGCGUCAAACCGGCCGUGGGAGCGGACAAGUCUGGCUCCGAAAAUGCACUCGGGCGAGAGCAACUACGGAGACAUUAUUUCCGAUUCUGCUGGCAAGGGCCCUACCAUAAUCGAGAAUACUCAGCCCAUGAGGGAGUCAGAACGUAAUAGUGCGCGAUCGAGCCUGCAGCAAGGUGUUUCGAAUCUGUGGAGGGCGCUCUCUCUGUCCAGGCGAGGCGCGGCUUUGGAAGAUUAUCAUGAAGAAGAAGAACCACCACGGCAAAGACAAUUGGCGAAACCAGCAACACCUUACCAAGUUUAUGGCGCAGAAAUAUGGUCGAAAAAGAUGACAAAAAAGCAGAGGCAACAGCCGAAAAUGCAGCGCACCCGCAAAGCAGACGUGUCUACCGACUUGGGCCAGGCCUAUCAAAAUGGUCAGAGUCAGUUUGUUGGCGUCAUUGAGGGCGCAAGACGGAAGCUGACUAGACGGGCAUCUCAGAAGCGGCGAAGGAAAUUAAAGCAGAGUAUUGUGCUGGUUGGACCAACACGCACAGCCAGCACGGUUUCCUUCGUGGGUGACAAAGAAGAAUCUUGGAUCUAG